GGUAAACAACAGGACUAUAAAUAUCAGAGUUUCUUUGCUUGGCUCUCUAGAGCUGGUCCAGAAAAGCAAGGAAGAAAGGAAGCAACUUGCUUGGAAGGGGUUGUGAUAACCCCAACAAUGUGGAGAGGACUGGGGCUUGCCCUGGCUCUCUGUCUCCUUCCCUAUGGAGGAACAGAGAGCCAAGGGCAAAGCUCCAUUUGUAAGCAACCUCCAGCCUGGAGCAUAAGAGAUAAAAAUCCAAUGCUGGACUCCCACGGUACUGUGACCGUGGUUGCUCUUCUUCAAGCCAGCUGAUACCUGUGCAUCCUGCAGGCAUCCAGAUUGGAAGACCUGCGAGUAAAAUUGGAGAAAGAUGGAUAUUAUAAUAUUUCUUAUGUUGUUGUUAAUCACCAAGGAAGCUCUUCUCGAUUGAAAUACAUACAUCUUAAAGAUAAAGUUUCAGAUAAUAUUACUGUUUUUCAACAAGAAGAAGACCAACCAGAUGUCUGGGCUCUCUUAAAUGGAGACAAAGAUGACUUCUUCAUAUAUGACAGAUGUGGCCGUCUUGUAUACCAUCUUGGUUUGCCUUAUUCCUUCCUAACCUUCCCAUAUGUAGAAGAAGCCAUUAAGAUUGCUUACUGUGAAGAUAAAUGUGGAAACUGCUCACUCCGGAGUCUGGAAGAUGAAGAGUUCUGUAAAAAUGUGUCCUUAGCUACUGUGGGCAAAACAGCACAAGCUCCAGAGCCACAUCACCACCAUUCGCAUCAUCACAAGCAUGGGCAUCAGACUCUUGGGGGCAGUGAGCAAACAGAGAGUCAGCAACCAGGGGCACCAGAUGCUUCUCUGCCUUCCCCUCCUCUAGGCCUCCACCACCCCCACCACCACCAUCACCACAAAGGCCAGCAUAAGGAACGGGAGGGUCACUUGGAUAGCUGAGAUUUGCCAGGAAGUGAAGGUUUAAAACUUUCACUUGCACAAAGGAAGCUGUGCCGGAAGGGAUGUGUAAACCAAUUACUGUGUAAGUUGUCCAAGGAUUCAGAGUUAGCUCCCAGUAGCUGUUGUUGCCAUUGCCGACAUCUGAUAUUUGAGAAAACAGGGUCUGCGGUCACCUGACAGUGUGCAGAAAACCUUCCAUCUUUAUGCAGCUGACAGGGACUUUUUGAGGAGGAGAGAGUCAUUGAAUCUUGUCAGUGACGAUCACCUCCAGCUGCCUGACAAGCAAGUCAGCAGCUCAAGCCCACAGUCAGCCCCAAAUGAAGCUGAAAUAAUAUGGCAAAAAAAUGAAAAUGACAUUCAAACUAAGUAUGCUAAAUUAGAUGUACUUCUCAGCUCAGUCUAGGCAAAAUUUUGAUCAGGCAACUAAAAAAAUCAUGUACAAACAUGAAGAAAUCUGUUGGAUUGGCUUCUAAAUUUAAUACCACAGAAAUUUUAUCCCAACCAAAUUUUUUAUGGGACAACUGAAAAGUGAUUGCAGUUUUUGGUUAAUAUGUCUUUCUUUUUCUUCUUCCAGUAUUCUAUUUGUAUUGAUGAGAACAGAAACGUAAACUAUAACCUAGGGGUUUCUGUUGGAUAGUUAGCAAAUCAGAAUGGAGGAAGAACAACAAAGACAUGUUCUCCAUAUUUUUCUUUACUUAUUUCUCAAAAAUAUAUUAUCUUUAUCUUUUAAAUCUUACCAUUUUAGCUGAUUAAACCUUCAAUGAACUGGAUUCUGCUUAAGAUCCAAAAAUAAUUAAUACAUGAAUACUUUGCAGGAAAAGUGUAUAUGACUACAUUUUAUAACAUCCAUUUGUCUUUUUUAUAUCUAUGACUCAUAGCUUAAAUUUCACUGUCAUAAACUCUUUGUAUCUUGUUUUCUUGAACACUGUAUCUCUCUUCUGAAUUUUGAAUGCUGUCUUGAAAGAUGCAACAAGAAAGAAAAGUAUGUUGUCUAGUGAAGGCUUAACAGCAUUUCCAUAGUUAUUGAUGGUUUAAUAGGGAAACUAAGCCCUGUAAACUUGAACUCCUUAUGGUAAUACUGUCAAGCAAGAAUGUAGCAUACGACUGCAUGGAGUAUGGAUUUGUCUAAAUAAAUUCAAUAAAAAGCUUA